AUGUCUGUCCUCGCGCCUAUCGUCUGCGAUAAUGGAACUGGGUACUCGAAAGUAGGUUUCGCAGGCAACUCAGACCCAUCCUUUGUCUUCCCCACUGCUAUUGCGACGCGUGGAUCAGCAGCACAAACCUCUCGUGCACCUGCAGUGCCCAGCAAACCCGGACAUCUUGCAUCGAAGCGCGGUGUCGAAGACCUCGAUUUCUUCAUUGGCGAUGAGGCAUUGGCGAACUCGAAGACGCCUGGAUAUGGAGUGCACUACCCUAUUCGCCAUGGUAUGAUAGACAACUGGGACCACAUGGAACGCUAUUGGGAGCAGACGAUCUUCAAGUACCUGCGUGCAGAGCCCGAGGACCACUACUUCCUUCUCACCGAGCCUCCUCUUAACGCUCCAGAGAAUAGAGAACAGACUGCUGAGAUCUUCUUUGAGUCGUUCAAUAUCAAGGGGCUGUACAUCGCCGUGCAAGCCGUGCUCGCCCUUGCCGCGUCGUGGACAUCCGACCGCGUCACCGAGCGCACGCUCACUGGGACCGUCAUCGACUCAGGAGACGGCGUCACGCACGUCAUCCCUUGUGCAGAGGGCUAUGUCAUCGGCAGCGCCAUCAAGCACAUCCCAAUCGCCGGCCGCGAUAUCUCCCAGUUCGUGCUCAACCUGCUGCGCGAGCGAGGAGAGAUGUCCGCGGUGCCCCCAGAGGACCAACUGAGAGUCGCGAGCAAGGUGAAGGAGAACUACAGUUAUGUCUGCCAGGAUAUCGUGAGGGAGUUUAGGAAGUACGACGAGGAGCCGUUGAAGUACUUCGAGCGCUAUGAGGGAGAGCAUAGUGUCACGGGAAGGAAAUACGGGGUCGAUGUUGGCUACGAACGGUUCCUUGCCCCCGAGAUCUUCUUCAACCCUGAGAUCUACUCCUCCGACUUCCUGACUCCUCUUCCUGAAAUCGUCGACGAUGUCAUCCAAUCUUCACCUAUCGACGUCCGCCGUGGUUUGUACAAGAACAUCGUCCUCUCCGGAGGCUCCACCAUGUUCCAACACUUUGGCAACCGCCUCAAACGCGACCUGAAGCAGCUCGUCGACCGCCGGCUCGAUGCUGGUGCACUCGCGAGCGGGAGCAGGCAAAAGUCGUCCGGCGUCGAAGUUGACGUCAUCUCGCACAAACGGCAACGAUACGCAGUGUGGUUCGGCGGUUCUCUGCUCGCUUCGCUCCCCGACUUCUACACUUCGUGCCACACGAAAGCGCAAUACGACGAAGUUGGCCCCAGUAUUUGCAGACGCUACCAAAUCUUCGGCAGCUCGACAUGA